AUGGAGCAAAACAACAACCAGUUCUCUGGGAGUACUCAGAGGCUGAGAGACAAGAAAGUUGUGGACAUGAUGGCAAACAAGCGGAGGCUGGUGGAGGUGCCAUACACGGCGACUCUGGCCCACACCAUGAACGCCUUGGUGGCCAACCAGGUGCUGGCAGUGCCCGUGGCGGCGCCUCCGGGUCAGUGGAUCGGAGCAGGCGGCUCGAUGAUUGUGGAAGCUGACAGGCAAACCGGGGCUGCGCGGAAGCACUAUAUAGGGAUGGCUACCAUGCUUGACAUUCUGGCUCAUAUUGCUGGAAAUGAUGGAGAUCAAUUGAUGGUUGAUGAGGGAGGCGUUCAUGAAGGGGGGUUUGAUCUAGAGCACAAGAUGUCUGUGCCUGUUUCUUCGAUCAUUGGGCAUUGCCUCGAGGGUUUGAGCUUGUGGACUCUAAACCCCAACACAAGCAUCAUAGACUGUAUGGAAGUGUUUAGCAAAGGGAUACACCGCGCUUUGGUACCGCUUGACAGCCACAUGGACAACGUCUCUGGAGUUGAACUUGUGGAGUCUGCUUCCAGCUAUCAAAUGCUAACACAAAUGGAUGUCCUAAGGUUCUUGAAGGAACAUGCUGAAGCUAGCACUGAACUCAAUGGGAUUCUGGCACGCACCGUUUCUGAAGUGGGAGCUGUGACAGAGAGGGUUUAUGCAAUUACUGAUCACACCAAGGUUACAGAUGCCAUCAAGUGCAUGCGAAUUGCUUUGCUAAACGCAGUUCCAAUAGUUUGCUCCUCCACAGCCAAUGAAGAUGACCACAAGCAGCUUGUAAAUGGAAGAGGUAGGAGGCUCUUGGGCACAUUUUCUGCGACAGAUAUAAGGGGAUGCCUCUUAUCAACGCUGAAAACAUGGUUAUCAGUAAGCGCACUGGAGUUUACAGAGACCAUUGCAGCCAACCCUUUAUUAUCAAGCAAUCCUAAUGCCGGCGAGAGUGUAAGAGAACUUGUGGCGUGUGGAGUUGACUCGACACUGGCUGAAGUAGUUGACAAGGUCGUCACAAAACACGUGCACAGAGUUUGGGUGGUGGAUCAACAGGGUUUGCUCAUGGGGCUUAUUUCUCUCACUGAUGUGAUUCGAGUGAUAAGGCAUGGGGUGAUGUCUGAAGCCUAAAUCUGUUGAAGUUGUCAAUGUUAUGCAUGUAUAGCAGUUUUGGGAUUGUUUUGUUGCCAGUGUUUUCAGCUCGUGUGCAUGUAAACUGCAGUUUAAAACUUAAUAUGUACUCUGUUACGCGAAGUCUCUUUUCGCUAGCUAAAUGGGCUAGUUAGGACUGUUUAUUUAAGUGAGGACUGCCUUGGACAAACGCUAGUCAC